UUUCUUAAAGUCGCUUGGCAUAAAUACCUAGCGACAUCCUGGCAUAAACCCUAAGUCCUAAAAGGCUAAAACUUUCAUUUUUUCCAGAAUCCUCCCGCCUCAGCCACUGCAGCAAGGCAAAUAUGAGGUUGGAGAAAUGCUGGUUCUGUUCUUCUACAAUAUAUCCCGGCCAUGGGAUUCAAUAUGUUCGUAAUGAUGCAAAGAUCUUCAGAUUUUGUCGAUCAAAAUGCCACAAGAACUUCAAGAUGAAGAGAAAUCCUCGCAAAGUAAAAUGGACUAAGGCUUACAGACGGUUGCAUGGCAAGGACAUGACACAGGAUUCUACGUUUGAGUUUGAGAGGAAGCGAAAUAGACCCGAGAGAUAUGAUAGGAAUGUGACAGAGAACACUCUCAAGGCCAUCAAGAAAAUCGAUAAAGUCAGGGUUGACAGAGAGCACAGGCACCACACCAAGAGGUUGACAUUUUCUUCCCUUUAUUGUUGCAACAUUUGUGACCUCGACCAGCUACUAACAUGCUUUGAGAAAAUGGACAGGAUGAAGCCAAAGAAGGCCCAGUUGCGGAGGGAGGCAGAAAAGGAACUGGAACAGAGCAUUUCAAUGGUCAAAGCUCCAGCAGCUCAACAACAAGAUCCCUCACUCACCUUACCUAUCAAGGUCAAGGUGUCCAAACCGGAGACGGUGGAAAAUCGUAUGGAGGAGUGAGAGUUUGGCCCACCUUCACUUCUGUUCACAGUAUAAUAGAAGAGGUACUUAUUAAGGUUAUUAUCGGAAUUGGAAAGAAGGAUUCAACACAACAACUUACCCUGUUUGAAUUUCUGAAUAGGAAUUCGUUCUAAUUGUUACUGUGAUAAUGUCUUGUUUUCUGUAUCUUCCUUAUACUCACUGCCAAGUUUUGUGAUAUGUUGUCCCGUAUAUGAAUAUGUGUCUUCCUAUUUAUAUAUAGGAUUUUUGAUA